AUGUCUGAUUGGGUUGGGGAUACAUCGGAGUAUAGGCCGUGGAAGGAAUUAGUGUAUCAAAGUGAUCCUGAUGAUCCUGAUUUCGUGCCUCCUGAGAGUGAGAGUGAUGUGGUUGAUAGUGGAAUUGAAAGCGGAGAUGAGGGAGAUGGCGAUGUCGAUAGUGCUGGAGGAGACGACUCCGACUCCGACAGUGAGAGUGAGAAAGACGGUGGAGGUGACAACAACGACAGAAACCGUGAGAAUGAUGGAGAGGGUGACAGAGAUGAAAUCCGAAGGAAGAGACCACGACAGGAAGAUGAGGAAGGUGAAGAAGGGCAAAGAGAGAAGAAACCGAGGGGAAAAGAAAAGAAAGAUCUGCAUGAAGAAGACAUAAUGGAGAGGUUUGAUGCUCAUCGCUGCAAUUUCAGAAACCAAAGACUUGAUGAAGAUGAACCCUAA